ACGGUGUAUGAAUGUGAUAGAAUUUGAAUUGUAAGUCGCCUUGGAUAAAAGCGUCUGCUAAAUGACUGUAAUGACUGUAAUGCAAUGUAGAGGCCUAAAGGCCCGAGAAGCAGUCGAGUUACAGGAAGGUUGCUGGUUGAAAGUCCAGACUUAAAGGGUCAACAUUGCCCACAAUGGUCCACAACUAGAGAUACAGUAUUUAAGGGAUAGCUUCCAUGGUAGAAAUGAUAUGACAGUUGAAACAUUUGAAUCAUUCCAUGAUAUUUAUCAUCAUAUUUCCAAACCAGCUCCUAUGUGAAGAGAGGAUCACACACUCUACUGCUUUAUACACUUUGCAAAUAUAGAUGUAGAAGAGUUCAGUCAGAUAGAAUAGAGGUGUUUUAUUUUUGCAGUAUUUAAGAUGAGUGUUUCUAAAUGAUCUGGUUGUAUAUUUUAUUGUCAUAUUUGUCUUUGUAUUAUUCUUGCUGUACUUUCCCUUGUGUUGAUCAUUCUUUACUUAUUCACAACCUCUUUGUAGCAAAAUAAUGCUUUUCAGAUCUACUCUGAGUGAAUUUCAAUUUAUGGAGAAAUAUUGUUUUCAUGUACUGCAAGUUGUUGCAGGUGAUUGUUGAUUUGUUUCCGCCUUUAUUUGAUUUUUCUUUUUUUUUAUUCUGAAGUUGCUGUUUUUUGUUCUUUUUUUUACAAUUCCAAUAUUACCCUUUGUUUGAUUCUGUUUGCACUUAAAGGGAGUUCUCCAGAGUUUGAGAGGGUAAUCUCAGUUUGGGCUUGAAACUCAAAAUUUGUAAUAACACUGAAUCUUGUGAGUCUUCCAGCUUUAUGGGGGUACAGUAAUACGUCCCUGGAGUGUUCCUUUAAAUACUGUGACCUGCACCAGAGGACAUGUACAUUGUCAAAGGGUCUUUCUUGAUAGCUUAUCUCUGCAUUACUGUCAGAACAUGACAGCUACUUCUAAAGUGCAUGGCUCAAACAGCUGUGGGGGUUCCUGGUGGCAGCUUGUGGGAAGUGUUGCUUUAAAUACAGAAUCUCUCAGUUUAAAAGCCUGAAAUAUAAAGCUCAUAUAUGUCUAUCGGCAUAUCACAUAAAGGGAUGUCCAGCUAAAUGAUUGCCCACAUAUUCCAUGCCAAAACAACGGUUAGUAUUUUCAUAAUCUCCAUACAAACGACAAUUUACCAACAAUGUAAGUCUGAAGGCUUUUCUGUAGCAGAGAGGACCUGCACCAGCAACCCCAGACACUGCAGAUAACAUAACACAUGACAUCAUUCCCUGCAGACAGAAUGACGUGUGUCUGUCAAAAGUAAAGCCGUAAUUAUGAAUACUUCGAAGCCAAAAUCUAAAACCUGAAUAAAUCCAUUGUUUUCAAACAUGGCAGACUACAACAUGUACGGAACCAGGGAGGUGCCUGGCGUGUGUGCCUAGUUUGACAGACGUGUGGUCGCAGCCAAUAGGAGCGCAGAGUCACCCCUAACUUGACCGGAAAUACGCGUCACUGCCACGUCGUGGGUUUAUAUAGCGUCAAGCGGAAGCGGGAAGGCGCCAUUUCAUUGCGGAGUUGUGCACAGUGGUCUUUCGGUGGAAGUGCAGCGUUAACAGUCGUGGAAAAAAAAAUUUGGAUUUGUAAUAAACACUCCGCCUUCUUCUGCCCGAUGGAAGCGGCCGUCAACCUGCAUCACGACAGUGGCGGAAUGGACCAACACAGUAGUUCGGGCAAACGCAUUCGCAAGCCCUCCCUGCUCUACGAGGACUUUGAGAGCCCGUCUCUGCCGCUGACGAUGCCUCAGGGUCCUCCUGUCCCACCACAGCCCGCGGUGAACGAUCCCAGCCGGCCGGGCCGCAUGACCAACCAGCUGCAGUUCCUCCAGAGGACCCUGAUGAAGUACCUGUGGAGGCAUCAGUUCUCCUGGCCUUUCCGUGAGCCGGUGGAUGCCUACAGGCUCAACCUGCCGGAUUACCAUAAAAUCAUCAAACAACCCAUGGACAUGGGGACCAUCAAAAAGCGCCUGGAGAACAGCUUCUACCGCAGUGCUAGUGAGUGCAUACAGGACUUCAACACAAUGUUCACCAACUGCUACAUCUACAACAAGCCGACGGAUGACAUCGUGCUGAUGGCUCAGCCCUUAGAGAAGAUCUUUCUCCAAAAAGUGGCCCAGAUGCCCGAGGACGAAGUGGAGCUGCCUCCUCCAGCUCCUCGAAGCAAGAACGGCCGGGGAAGAGGUCGCAAGUCCAACUCGAGGGCUCAGCAGGUGCCGGCGGUGUCCCAGUCGGCCUACUCCCCGUCUUCCUCGGACACGGGGGAGUCCAUGCUGGCCAACUCUCCCCAAACCGUGGUGACCAAAAGCCUGCCACCGGCCACCAUCAUGGGCCUGCCUCCUACACAGCCCACAACCAAGAAAAAAGGUGUAAAACGUAAGGCAGACACCACCACCCCCUCCACCAUGGGCUUGACUGUGGGCAUGUCGGGACCAACGCACAUGGUGGGCUUGGGGAAAGGAGGCCACGGGGGCCAGGUCCACGACACCUCCAUGCACACCAUCUCCUCCAUGGGGGGCAUGGGCCUGGAGACCCCACCUGGGAUGGGCCUGGUCAGGAGCCCCGGAGGUCCCGUCCUGCUCCAGCCGAUGAUGGCCGGCGGUGGACGCAGGGUGGGCAGCGGGCGUCCCAUCAAACCCCCCAAGAAGGACUUGCCUGACUCCGUGCAGGCUCAGCCCUCUAAGAAGAGCAAGCUCAGCCCUCAGCUGAGGUACUGCAGCGGGCUGCUGAAGGACAUUUUGUCGAAGAAGCACGCUGCGUACGCCUGGCCUUUCUACACACCUGUGGACGCAGCUGCACUGGGACUCCACGACUAUCAUGACAUCAUUAAGUGUCCCAUGGACCUCAGCGACAUCAAGAGGAAGAUGGACUGUCGUGAGUACAGGGACGCGCAACAGUUUGCCAGCGACGUCAGACUCAUGUUCUCCAACUGCUACAAGUACAACCCACCGGACCACGAUGUCGUAGGCAUGGCCCGGAAGCUGCAGGAUGUGUUCGAGUUCCGUUUUGCCAAGAUGCCAGACGAACCACGUAUGGAUCACACAGCCAUGUCGCUGAGUGGCCACCCAACGUCCUCGUCGUCCUCCUCUUCCUCCUCCUCGUCCUCCUCUUCCUCCACCUCCGAGAGCGAGCCCAGCAGUGAGAGCGAGGAGAGCGAGAGCAGUCCCAACUCAGACAGCGAGGAAGAGCGAGCGCACCGCUUGGCUGAGUUACAGGACCAGGUGUGCACACAACUCAAAGCCAUGCACGAGCAGCUGGCUGCCCUCUCCCAAGGCCCCAUCAUCAAGGCCAAGAAGAAGAAAGAGAAGAAGGACAAAAAGGAGAAGGAGAAGAAGAAAAAGAAGAAGCUGGAGAAGCGCAGUCGAGCUGUCAGAAGCAAAGCGGACUCUGAGGAAUGGAAGAUGCCCGGCAAGAUCCUGAAAACAAAGUCUGCCAGAGCAGGCGGCUCCCAGCCCAAGAAGAGCCAGGGGAAGAAGAGUAACAAGAAUAGCAAGACCACGAAAAAGCCCUUCUACCCUCCUCCUCCUCCGCCCACCUCCAUGCUGCCGCACUACGACUCUGAGGAAGAGGAGGAGAUCGUGCCCAUGUCCUACGAUGAGAAGCGCCAGCUGAGCCUCGACAUCAACAAGCUGCCGGGGGAGAAGCUGGGUCGCGUGGUCCACAUCAUCCAGUCCAGGGAGCCGUCACUGAGGGACACCAACCCGGAGGAGAUCGAGAUCGACUUUGAGACGCUGAAGCCGUCGACACUGAAGGAGCUGGAGCGCUACGUCAUGACCUGUCUGAGGAAGAAGCCCCGUAAGCCGUACGGCGAACAAGCCGCAGGAGGAAAGAAAGGCGGCGUUGUGAAGUCUAAAGAGGAGCUGACUCUGGAGAAGAGGAGGGAGCUGGAGAAGAGGCUGCAAGAUGUCAGUGGGCAACUCAAUUCCGUCAAGAAACCUGCGAAACCUAAAGUGGAGAAGCCCAGUGCUGCGGAGACUCACGCCCAGCCAGCGCGCCUCAGCGGCAGCAGCUCCAGCUCCGACUCAUCUUCCUCCUCCUCCUCCUCCUCGUCCUCAGACACCAGCGAUUCAGACUCUGGUUGAGAUCCUCGGCACGGGCUGAGAGAGAGAACACACUAAUAACUCAGGGACUUGGGCUGGCCCCGGACACAACACACCCUGAAACAGUUGUGGGCUGAGAUAUUAGACACCGUGGCGAAAAAACACUCCGAGUGGACUCGUAAAAAGUUUUGAAUGUGGAGCUGAGGGACGAGAAACGACAUCUCUGUGGAUAAUCGUAGAAAACAAACACUAAAUGCCUUGGUUUCCCCCCCCUCCUCUUUUGUAAAUACUUGUACAAAUUUAUGUUUCUUUUAUAAAGAAGAAUUUUAUGGUGAUCCCCCAAAGAGGGAAGCGGAGUAAUUUAAAAAAAACAAACAAAAAAAAAAAACGGAUGUGGAAAGACUCCAGAUGUGAUGUGGCUGGCCUCACGCUGUGUCCUCUGUGGUGAGAGAAUGGAAGAGUGUUUAUUUAUCUGUGUUCUUGACCAACAUUUCCUCGGACGUUACUGGAGUUUGAACCAGCAACCUUUGUGGUCACAAAGCCUUGCUUUUCUAUCAUCUGGCCUUUAUGUUUACACACGAUGUUCUUGGAGUUGAAUCUCAGUCUGAGCUUCACGCGGCCUGUUUUUACAGCAUGUAGCUCUUGUCGUUUGGAAACAAAGUUGGUUUAUAGUACAGUAUAGAAAUGGCUUUACGUACUGUAAUUACAAAGUCUGCAACGAAGUAACAUAAUCAUUCAGUUUGUAAUGAUUUUGAUGGCUGCGCGGACUUUAAAAGAGCAGCCGGUGUUCUAAAUGUGACACUAUUUGUCUUCAGUAUUUAAAAAAAAAAAAAAAAAAUUAAAAAAAAAUCAGCUCUUUGCUGUUCAACUUGGAUAUUGUUCUCAACAUUUCUCUUCGUUACGUCCAACUGGAACUGAAGUGUGCGUUUAUUUGAUAAGAGCUGAACACUGCUGGGCUUCUGAGUGUUAUCAGACUACUGUGCGGGUUUCUUAGCUUCCACAUUGAUCUCCUGAACAUGUGACGUGUUGCAUCUGUAGCACUUAGAAACUCAGCGGCGGUUUCUUCAAGAAAUCUGCUCUGCACUUACUGGAGCACAUGGCGUUGACUGAAUAAUGCCACAAGUGUCCCCCAUAAAGAGAGGACCAAGUCCUCACAGCCCCCAUGCAUAUUUGAAGCUAUUAUUGAAUGUUCAGUGAAAGAAUAUAUGCUUGUAUAUACUUCAGCUGUAUUUGCUGUUGCACAAACUAUUGUAUUUCUGCUGUUCAGUCUUUCCUUCCUUUUCUUUUUUUUUUUUACAUGCUGUUACUUCUCAUUCCAGUUCACUGUCCUAGUUGUUUCCUGAGGAGCGUCUCUCUGAAGCAUAACUUUCAUUUGACAAGU